AUGUCGACGCUGAGCGAAGCGACAUCCCGCUCACCCCAGAUCCGUUUGAGCCCAUCAGCCGCCACUGUUUCGUCCCCUACACCGACUGACCCUCAUACCUACAUCUCGACCGCCCGCAGACCUGCCCAGAAUGUCCUGGGGAACAAUCUGAUUCCUCGAGACUAUCUUUCCUCGAGACCUGGUCCUGGUCAAUCAAGGAACUUUGCAGACACUGCCACUCCCACUCCCCAACAGAUGAGUGCCGUGCCUGAUACAGCGGUGAAGAGUGCUCCAAUACACAUACGGCAGGGCGAAUCUGCUCCAGCACGCGACCAGUCCGGCAGCAUUGGUACAAGCAAGCCCGGUCUGGAUGCAAGUCUCUCUUUGAACCUCACCAGCUCGGGAAACAACGAGCAGCCUGCCCUGUCCGAAUCUCCGAAGUCAUAUGGUUCGCUCGCAACGAGCGGACCGAUAGUGACGACCAUGCCUCGCACGUCUUCCAUAGAUUCGGCCAUCUCGAGCAUCUCUUCCCAGUCGCACGUUCAGAAGCAACCAACAGACACAAAGGAUCCAUCCAGGGAAGAAGUUCUGAACCUAAUUGCUACGGCUGGCUCAGCGGAAAAUCUGGUUCUGCAUCUCUUGAGGGACAAGAACCAUGCGGCAGCACAGAAUGCGCAAUUAUGGAAACUAGUGGACAAGCAAAGAAGCCUGCUCCUGGGUCUAAAUAAGGAUUUGGAGCGAGUAACGAAGGAGAGGGAGCGGUACAGGAGAAAAGUCAAGGAAUUACAGUCAGAGACACCAGCGGUUCCGGUGAGCGUUCGCCCAGGCGACGCCGAGUCGCCACGAUCGGACAGCGACAUCCCGAGCACCUCGCAGGACACCAGCGCCCUAUCGGCGUCCGAGUCGAAACUAAGGGCUGAGCAGAAUCAAACGCCCAGCAAGGCCGCGCCAGUACAAACACAAAGCUCGCCGCUAGACCCAGCAAUGAUGCCUCCUCCCCUUCACCUGCAACAGGCACCGAAAAUCCAGAACCUCGCUACAGACAUGAUACAACCUGUCUUUGCUUUAACUGAGGCGACUCCGCUCUCAGAUAAGCCCCCAAAGUCUUUUCAGGCUUCCCGGAAGGCUCCCCCAAGACCUCUUGAUUUACGCCCCACGAAAGAAGAAAUUGCGAGUACCGAGGUGGUCAUCAGUGAUGGGGAUGAUGACGAACAACGAGGACCCACGGAGCGUGGUAGGCGGAAGACACGAGAGGAGGACGACCGCGAACGUGAGCUACUUGUCAUGAAAGAACAAGAAGCUAGGAGCCGCUCCAAGAAGGAAAAGAAGGGCAAAGGCGAGGCGACAGAGGUUGUGCUAGGUGAUCUGCCUCUUCCGCCACUACAUUCACCGCCCGCUGUGCCCAAGCAGGCUUACACAAGUGAACCCAAGACACACGACCACCUAUCUCCCUCGUCGACCCUUUCAGCUGUUUCAUCAACUCAACUCUCGGUUCCGCUAAGAAGCUCUGGCCUUCCGACCAGUCCACGCCCAUUUCCCCUUAUGGGAGCUACACUUCCAAUGUCGCCACGAGCGCCAAAGAGCAAUUUCCCGUUGUCUCCUAGAGCGCCCAAGCAGGCCCUUCCAAACCCUACCACACCAGGUCAAGAGGCACCGGCUCCUGGCAGCCAAAAGAAGGUUGGUCCGUCGCAAUUGAUGAAGAUGGACACGAAUCAGGUGAAAGACGACCAUGGUCGAACCCAAGUGCACGAGUCCCCCCUGAGUCCCGACGACGCCCCGCCUGUGAGUCGCUCGCUUGUCAGCCCAACCUGGCCUGACUUCCUGUUGCCUCCCAACGCUCUUCCCUCAAUUCAGAUCAAGGUGGCAUCGUCGCGGCUACGGCCCUCCAGGAAUAGUAUCUUGGGGGUAAAGGGGACGGAGGAAGCUUCGGUGUUUAGCCUGUCCAUUUUUGAGCGAGCGACUUCCUCGGAGCUCUGGCGCGUUGAGAAAGUUCCGACAUCGCUUCCAAGUCUUGACCAGCAACUCCGCCCCCGUUGCGCAGAUCUACCCAAAAUACCGGAACGGAAAUUGUUCUCUGGACACUCUCCGGUCAUAAUUGAUUCGCGAAGAGCUGCGAUAGAAUCAUACUUUGAAGAGCUUCUGGACACACCGAUGGACGAGCAAGCCGCUGCGGUAAUAUGCAAAUAUCUAUCUACGGAUGUGAUGGAUUCACAGCUUAAUUUGCCAAAUCAUAAAAGCGAAGAGCCCCAGAGUAACACCAAGCCCCCACCCAGUGCUGGCAUUCCAACAAAGUCUGGGUACUUGACCAAAAAAGGCAAGAACUUCGGAGGAUGGAAAUCCAGAUACUUCGUAUUGGAUAGUCCGGAGCUGAGGUACUUUGAGGCGCCAGGCGGCGCUCAUCUAGGAACGAUCAAGCUGCUCAAUGCACGCAUUGGUCGACAGACACAGACUGAUCCGGCGGCAAACGCUGAAGUUGACACGGAAAACCAGUAUCGGCACGCCUUUUUAAUUCUCGAGCCGAAGCGGAAAGACAACAGCAGCUAUGUUCGUCAUGUUCUCUGUGCGGAAAGUGAUUUCGAGAGAGAUGAAUGGGUUGAGACCCUUCUUCAUUACAUCGAUGAGAAGCCUGCAGAACCCAAAUCUCAGUACGGUGCAGGCGUCCCAAGCUCACAAUCCAAAGAUGCCAAAGCUUCUCAUAAGUCUACCGUUGAGGAUGGAGCUUCGAAAGGGGCCGCAAGUCCAAGGUUCAACCAAUCCCAGAGUGAUACACCGUCGCCAUCCAAUGCAUCCAGUCAUGCUUCUGAGUUUGCACAAGAGGCAGCCCCAAAACCGGUCAAUAUUUCUGGUCCGAUGAACGGAGGUGUCAUCUCAGAUGCUGGACUCUGGGGGAACAAAUCAGCCGGGCAUGGCAGUAGCAAGGAACGGGAGCAGAAGAAGCGUACUCUCUUGGAUCAUUUCAGGAAAUCGUCUUAUGAACAACUUGCAGCGGCACCGCAGCCGGUUCAACCAAAGCGAGCUGACCACGUUACGCACGCUCACCGAGGUGGGCAUGUCAGACCAGUCUUCGGCAUGCAACUUCAGGAAGCUGUCGAAUAUUACUCCCCUACCGAUGUGGACAUAUAUCUACCCGCCGUUGUCUACCGCUGCAUUGAAUAUCUUCGAGCCAAAAAUGCAGCCAGCGAGGAAGGUUUAUUCCGUCUCAGUGGUUCCAAUAUUGUCAUCCGAGCGCUCAAGGACCGCUUCAACACCGAAGGGGACGUGGAUUUGUUGACAGACGAGGAAGAAUACGACGUGCAUGCCGUUGCUUCACUUUUCAAGACCUACCUGCGAGAGCUCCCCUCAACAAUCUUGACCAGAGAGCUGCAUUUGGAGUUCAUCAAAGUUCUCGAGUUGCAUGACAAAGCUCAGAAAAUCACCGCCUUCAAUGGCUUGGUUCACCAACUGCCAAGUGCCAAUUUUUCAUUGUUGAGAACUCUUUCGGCCUAUUUGCUAGAGGUAGUGCAAAACUGUGAUCGCAACAAGAUGAGUGUGAAGAAUGUUGGGAUUGUCUUCUCACCUACUCUCAAUAUUCCUGCCCCGGUAUUUGCGAUGUUCCUGACCGAGUUUGAGGCUAUUUUCGAAAAGACCAGCGACGCAGGAUCUGUCCGUUCGACUGACAUGGAUCGUGAAGGGGCUUUGACUCCCGAGGACAUCCGAUCCCCUCGUCGCAUGAUGUUUACCGACCUCCCGACUCCAGCGUACAACCAGAGUAGUUUCUCUCACAACUCGAGCGCCACCGGUGCGUCUCAGGGUCAGACGGCAGACCAUCAGACCGACAGCACCAGCGAUGUUGGCUUUUCGCCCAUCCACCCAUCCUACGAAACCCGGAGCUACGUAUCGAUCCCGCACGACAUGCCCAUGCAACCACGCUACCCUCCCCCGCAGCCACCAUCUGGUAGCUACCGAUAUGGAGGAUCGAAUAAUAUGCUUGUCCCUGAGAACGCCGCCAGCGCCAAGGCCAAACGUCGCGAGAGUGCGAUGUUGUUCCUAUGA